CAUCAGAAGUGAUUUUGCUAUUAUCAGUCGUAUGAUUAUCCAGAAAGGGGCGUGUGUGAUGUUAAUUCUCACAAGGCAAGGGGCCGUGAACAUCAAAGGGCCUGUUCCGUAAACCACGUCGCUCUCACGCAAUAGCUUCUCAAAGAGGCCGCCUGCUUCAAUAAUGCCCUGCAUGUUAUUAGUCUUGUGUUUCUUUAUAAGGAAGAAGACAAGAAACAAAGAUCAGGCUGAAUUCACUCGUUCUAUUUGAGGCUUUGUAUCAUACGAUCUGUGCAUUGCUAACAAUUUGGCAGCUUGGCGAAUUCAUGCUCUCAUAGCAAAAACCACACACAUCAUCACCAGAUUAGCUCUGAGUGGGGGAUAAUCUGAAAUUAUACUAUAUUACUUUUUAUUGCACCAGUCUUUUGCCUGAGCAUAGUUUUCCAAGACUUUGGCAGUGCUUCCUAUUCAAGUUUUCUUUUGCCUUCCAUACCUCGGCUUUAUCUGCCACGUCUGUGGAGAUCUUACUUCUGAUGUAUAGCGUCUGUUCCACAAGUUCAAAGACUAGAACAACGUCACAGACAAGCAUCUUUCUUUCCCCAAUUUCAAGGAACUGCUCUGGACAGCCCUCGGAAAGAUAUAACAUGGCGCCAUUUUUAUCCUCUGAUGAUGGCAGAUCUGUGGCUUCUCUUCGCACAAUCAACUUUGCCGCACUUGAGGACGGUGAUCGGAGCGAAGUUGAUAAGUUGUUGGCAGCCAGUGUUGAAUACGGCUUCUUCUAUUUAGAUUUUGCUAAAAGCACAGUCGCAAGCUUGCCUACGGGGAAAGAAAAGCUCUUUCGUCUCAUGGAAAAUUAUUUCUGCCAACCCAUUGACGCGAAGAUGCUUGAUAGCCAAGGAAAACCAACUCGAGGUUAUGUCUCUGGAGGUACAUUCUCCGCAAUUGAUAGAGCGAAACCAAACGAGUCAUUUGAACAUCUAGCUAUUGGCAGCUACGAAUUGAGGCAGGAUAUAUCCAAGACGCUUCCUCUCCAAUUUCAAAAGAACUGCAGCCUCACCUCUUAUUACAUCAGCACCUGUGAAUACAUUGUCGAUGUCCUUCUUCAUCGCUUGUCCGAUGUGUUGGACUUGAAGGGCGACUUGAACUUGGCCCAGGACCACUGUCAUGACAAACCGUCAGACACCAUCCUUGCUUUGCUCAGCUACCCUGGACAGCUGACGCAUCAGAAGCACACUGAUCUCGGAUCUCUCACAGUUCUUUUUAGUGAUCAAUGGGGACUGCAGGUCAUUGCCCCACAGACCAGUCAGUGGGAAUGGGUCGAACCACGGGUAAACCAUGCUGUUAUUAACAUCGGAGAUACACUUCGCUUCUUGUCAGGCAAAAAGCUUUACUCUUGUGUUCAUCGGGUGACUAGAGAGGGUCGGGCAGGUGAAGAAGGUCAUCGAUACUCGAUCGCAUAUCUCCUUCGUCCAAACGAUACGACGGAAUUCAGCGAUGCCGACGACGCACAUACCACAGCAAAAGAGUUUGUUAGCACAAAGUACAGUGCGUACUGUGCUACUUAUGCCGAGCAGGAAAAGAAUGCCGUUCUGACGGGAGGAAUGGAGCAGGUACUAGGAGUUCAUGGCUGAAUAAUUGUUGAUUUCGAUCAGGCAGUGUACCGGUGGUAGGAUGGAUUAUGUUCGUCAUGGGUCACAUUGCUUUCUCAGUCGCAAAAUUGCAACGAGACAAUUCCGUACAUCAAUGGGUUUUCUUUAAUCAUUUAAUUUUAAUCUCCAUACAUUACCAG